CUAACAACUCAACAACUUCUUUAAUAGAUUCUCUCAACAGCCUAACAAAAUUCUCAACGAUACUCUGUAUUCUCAUAACACUUCAUCAAUAACCAGACCAGGUCGUAGAAGUCGAUAUACCCUUUUGCAGAGAAAAAAAAAAAACUCUCAAGAUACCAAGCAAAGCUCUCUCAUGUGGCUUGGAGAUUUUGUAGUCUGUUUGUCCUUUCUCCACCCCUGCAGAAACUAGGCCAGGUCCAUUCUCAAUUGCUCAUCCUCUUGAUCUCAUUUCAUGGAGACUUGGUUCAUCAUCCUCAUCUCCAUCUCUAUUUCUGCCUUCAUCAAAGCUCUCAUCAGCAUUUUCUUUCCUUCCAAGAACCCUUCCCUCAAUCUCAACCUCCCUCCAGGCCCCCUUAAAUUUCCUAUCAUCGGCAACACUCUGUGGCUCCGCAAAUCCUUAUCCGAAUUCGAACCCAUCAUCCGUUCCCUCCACUCCAAGUUUGGCCCUGUUGUUACGCUCCACAUCGGCCGUCGCCCCUCCAUCUUUGUUGCCGACCGCUACCUUGCCCACCAUGCCUUGAUCCAGAACGGUGCGCUUUUUGCUGACCGCCCCCCGGCUCUUGCUACUGGUAAAAUCACCAGUAGCAAUCAGCAUAAUAUCAACAUGGCCUUUUACGGCCCCACUUGGCGUCUCCUCCGGCGGAACCUCACUUCAGAAAUCCUUCAUCCUUCGCGGGUGAAGUCCUAUGCUCACGCUCGAAAAUGGGUGCUGCAAAUCCUUCUUGAUCGCUUUGAAUCGCUGUUGAAAUCUGGACAUCCUGUUUGCACCGUGGAUAGUCUUCAAUACGCCAUGUAUUGCCUGCUAGUCCUCAUGUGUUUCGGCGACAAGCUUGAUCAGAAACAAAUUGAAGAAAUCGAGAGAGUUGAGCGUGCCAUGCUUUUGAACGGGGCCAGAUUCAGAUUACUCAAUUUCUGGCCAAGAUUGUCCCAAAUCGUGUUUCGCAAACGGUGGUCACAGCUGUUUCAGCUUAGGAAGAACCAAGAAGAAGUAUUAAUCCCUUUAAUAAGAGCAAGAAAGAAGUUGAAAGAAGAGAGAUUGAGCAAGUCCAAGAAUGAAAAUGAUGACUAUGUCUUAUCGUACGUUGACACACUGUUCGAUCUUCAACUUCCCGAUGAGAAAAGGAAGCUCAGCGAUGAUGAAAUCGUUACUUUGUGCAAUGAAUUUCUUAACGCAGGCACAGACACUACCUCCACUGCCAUGCAAUGGAUUAUGGCGAAUUUGGUUAAGUACCCAAAUAUUCAAGAGAAGCUUUUUAUGGACAUUAAAGGGGUUGUUGGAGAUGCAGCGGAAGAGAUAGAGGAAGAUGAUCUGCAAAAGAUGGCAUAUUUGAAAGCUGUAGUUUUAGAAGGGCUAAGGAGGCACCCACCAGGGCAUUUUGUGUUGCCACAUGCAGUGACUGAAGACGCAGUGUUGGGCAACUAUUUAGUGCCCAAAAAUGGGACUAUAAAUUUCAUGGUAGCAGAUAUAGGUUGGGAUCCAAAGGUGUGGGAGGAUCCCAUGGCAUUCAGACCUGAGAGGUUCAUGGACAGUGAAGAAAUGUUUGAUAUAACAGGAAGUAGGGAGAUUAAGAUGAUGCCAUUUGGAGUGGGAAGAAGGAUGUGCCCUGGUUAUGCCUUAGCAUUGCUUCAUUUGGAGUAUUUUGUGGCUAAUUUGGUUUGGAAUUUUGAGUGGAAGGCUGCGGAUGGAGAUGACAUUGACCUGUCUGAGAAGCAGGAGUUUACAAUGGUGAUGAAGAAUCCAUUGCAGGCCCUCAUAUCUCCCAGGUUCAAAAACAGAAGGUGAAAUAGUAUAGCAUAGUACUACUAUAAUUUACUUGUAGUAUAAUUGCCAAUUAGCUUUCAAUAUUUCUUGUUUAGAAUGGAGAUUGGAGAUAUAUACAGUUUAUGUGUGCAAAGAAAAAAGAGAAAAAAAAAAAACAUAAAUUAAUUGUUUCCUUUUGAGUCCCUGAGCAGCCAUAGGAACGUUGGAUUGAUUGUUGCAUGAGGAUAUUGAAAUAAUUAAUUAAAAACCUUUCUUGUUGCUUAUGAUAUAACGUUAGGUUUAGUGGGGUAUAGUGUAAUGUAAACUACGAUGGAAUGAAUGAUAUAAUAUAAUUAUUAUUUUAUUUUUA